AUGAGUGACGAAGACGAACAACAAACGUGUUCAAAUACAAAUUUAAUUAAUGAAACUAAUAAUCGUCUAUUACAUGAAAUAAAAUUAAAACUUCAAGAAUUAACACGUGAAAAAACAAAAUAUAAUGUAGAAAAAUUAACACAAGAUUCAGAUUUUUUACAAAGUGAAAUUGAUCAUUUAAAUCAUGCUAUUGGUGACAUUAAUAAACAAAUUCUUACUCAAACAUAUACGAAAAAAAAUCUGAAUGCUAAAAUGGCAAUUCUUCGAUCAAAUUCUGCACUUCGUUAUUCAAAUUUAAAAAUGGCUCUUGAAAUUAAAGAACGUAAUGAGAUAGAAUUACAAAAACCAGAUAAAAGUCCUGCUUAUCGAGAUUUAGCACAACGAAAAAUAAAUUCCAUUAUUGAAGCCUUACCACAAUUACAAAAACAAGACGAAUAUAAUCAACGACUUCAAGAAGCAGAAGACAUACAAACUACUGCAAGAAAUAAACGAGAAAAACUAUUAGAAAGUUUAAAUGCAAAAACGCGUAAACAUACAGAAACUAAACAAUUAUUAAAUGAUAGUACGAUUCAAUUACCUGAUCUUGAACAAGCUAUUGAAAAAUUACGUUUGGAACGUGAACAUAUUUCAAAUUCACUUAAUCGAAAAAAUAAACGACGCCGCGUACCUAAUAAACAACAAAAAUUAAAUGAUUCACCUGUUCAAUCAUUUGCAUCACUUGAACAAGAUACUCUUGAAUAUGAAACACGACAGAAUAAUGAACAAUUAGAAAAAAUUCGUUUAUUAUUAAAAUAUUUUCAUGAAAAAAUGUCUGAACAUCACGUAUCAAAUAAUGAUACACCAUGUUCAACGCCAACUACAGAAAUAAUAUCCCCACUUUAUCAUCCAUUAACACCUUUUGAAGAACAAACUAUUCUUUCAUCUUAUAUGGAUGAAAAAGAUUAUGAACAUAAUCCAUUGAUAAAAACAACAACUAAUCAAUUAACUGUUGCUAUUGCAAUGAAAUUACCAAGAAAUUUCAUUCCACUAGAUAUUAAUUCACCAACAACAAAUGAAAUUAUACAUUCACCAUAUCAUCAAGAAAAUAUAUUUGAAUAUAAAAAAGAAUUACCAUCAGAUAUUGUUGGUAAAUAUGCUGGAACUAGUAAAAAGAAACAACAACAACAACAAUCUUUACAUGGAAAGAAAAAUAAGAAGAAUAAAAAAAAUUUUGGUAUGAAACAUUCAUCACAAAUGGUAGCUUUAUAUGAUGAUGUUUGUAAAUCAAGUGGUAGUUCUGAUACUCUUCCAUCUAUACCAAUGUUUGAAUAUGAACUUCAACCAGCAGUUAAAGCUUUACAACUUUUAGAACAAAGUGUUGAAUCAUAUUUAAAUGAAUUAUCACGACGACAUUCUGGUUAUUUAUCUAUACCUCUUGAUGAAGAACAUAGUGACAUUGUUGAAGAUGAUAUUCCAGAUUCAGCAUUAGAUACUUAUUCUGAAGCAUCAUCAUUAAUUGAACCAACAUAUUUCUCUAAAGAUUUAAUUUCUGUUACUCCACAAUUAAUAAAUAUUCCUGAAGCACGUUCAUCAUCAUCAUCAGAUGAUAAAAAAACAAUUGUAUCAUCAGCAUCUUCUCCAUCUUCUCAUCAUAGUCAUUCAAAAGUAGAUUAUCAUUUUUCAUCAAAUAUUCCAUUAACAACUGUCGAAGAAUUAUCACCAUAUCUUCCUCCAUUAACAAUUCAUAUUGCUCAAAUGGAACGACAAAUAUCUGAUGAAGGUUAUCGCUCUGUUAGAAAUGAAAGACAACAACAAGCAACAGGAACUAAUUAUAAUAAUAAUGAUAAAAUACCACUAUUAACUCGAUCUUCAAGUUAUGAUUGUACUGAAAAAGUUGAUAAAUGGCUAUCAAAUACUAUACCAUCAUCAUCUAUAUUAACUCAUGAUGAUAUUCUUAAUCUUAAUAAUUAUACUAAUUUUCAAGCGACUGAUAUUGAUAAUGAAAACGAAAAUCUUAUUAAAUCAAUAAUUCCGGUGCCUAAUGAUUAA